UGUGGCCUUAAUUGGGUACAAAGAUGGCUUUCGGGCGCUCGUUAGCAACGGUCUCCGUUCUGAAUGUAGUGGAAUGGGCGGUCAAUCAGUAGAUCCCUCGGACAGUUUGACGUUUCUGGGGCAUCCCGCAAUCAAAUCAUGCGCAAUGUCCUCCAUCGACCCUCAAAUCCGUUCCAUGAACGAAGGAAGCACCCUCAGACAGCAGGAAUACAGCUGGGGCCUUGAAGUCUUCAGGGGCACCAAGGCGACCCAGCAACGCACCCGCCAUCCAUGUUUUCUCAACCUCGGGGUUCUCGUGAAGCAAUUGAUCCGUCAUGGCAGUUCUAAUGUAUCCGGGAGACAACGUGUUGACUCUAAUACCGUACUGACCCCAUUCUUGAGCGACCGAUCGACACAUUUGCUGAACAGCAGCCUUGCUGGAGUUGUAAGCUGUGCAAGAGAGGCCCUGUUUCUUGUUAGCUUUUUGGGUAUGCUUGGUGAUGUUUUGAGGACUUACUCGGUUAGCAAUAUUGCCUGACAUGCUUCCAAUAAUGACGAUGCUUCCAGGGCUGUUCUUCUCUCGCAGAACGCGUGCAGCAUACUUGCAAGUGUUGAAAACACCGGUUACAUUGACUCGUAGGAUGCGGUCAAAGUCGGCAGCUGGGUAGUCCAGCGCAGCAAUUUGUUGCUGGAUGCCGGCACAAGCAAUUGUUCCCCAGAAAGGCGCUCCAGACUGGUCAGCCUCAGCAGCGAUCUCCUUCAUCGCUGUCUCGACGGACUGCUCUUCUGUGACGUCGCAUUUUCGGUAUGAGACAGAAGCCUUGUUGGCUGUGGCGAUCUUGUUGAGCUGUGCCCACUCAGCUGGUGAUGGCUCCUCGAGAAUAUCGAGGCAAGCUACGCUACCGCCGGCUUCGACGACAGCAAUGGCAAGUGUGAUACCCAGACCGCGAGCUCCGCCUGUGAUAGCGACAGUCUUGUUCUCGAGAGAGAAGAGCUUGAACGUUGACGCUUUUGAGGCGGGUGUUUCUCUGGUCUCGGGCACAUGGGCCGGGAGCUCAAUGUCGGAAACGAUAGCGGGAGCCAUUGUGAUGGUGAAGUUGUAUGGGUAUCAACGAGGUCGUAAAAGAAUGGUAAUUGAAGAAAAGGAUCGAAGCUGCCGGGAUAGAAGAGUUUUGGAGACGCAAGCUCGUCAGGAUAUACCAUGGACGGAUAUCCAUUUCUGGAGGCGCCGAAGACAUGUUGAGUCAAGCAUUACCGUCGUGGCAUCCAAAUGGAAGGUCGAUGCGAAGAAUGAUGUGUCUCGAAUUGGGUUUUGAAGACUUAUUCCUGGUUGAUUCGACGAGGUAAUUGUAGCCGGAGGUUGUCACAUAUCAAUACGACAGUCGUGGUUUUCGCUAAGAUACAGUAUUUCCAGGCUGAAAGAGGGGGGACAAAAAGGUCUGGUCGGGUGUUUAUCAGGACACAAAUACCAGGGUGUCUCCACCACGUCUUAGCCCCUGAACUGCCCUUUUGUUUUUGCUGGCUUUCGGUUCUACAAGCAAGUCCCGUUAUUUCUUUCACCUAGCAGUCUCUGUCGCGAAUGCAGAUACCCAGAGUUGUACAACAUUUAUUACAGCCAAUGCACUAAGCUCAGCAGUAUUUCCGUCACCCAGGCAAAGCCGUGAUCUGGUGCCUCCAACUUCCUGAUCCAGAACUCAAUCCUCGCUCAACCCAAUAAUGUCAAACUCAUCAAGAACCCCACGUUAAAUGGCAAACGCACAUAUCCCCACGGCGCUUUCCCCUGCCCUGUUGGGGUAACCCGGUCCGCCAUGGGCACAACGAACAUCAUCGUCGUUAUGAGAAAGAUCACGCGCAAAAGAUGCUUUUUCGAAAUAUCUAUAACUCAAGAGGCACUGUCGAUGUUUCUCAGCUGCACUCAUCACCUACUCGUCUUGUAAGAGCAUCACAGAGUCACAGAUCCAGUCCGAGAUGGCACCCAGCGCAAUCACCCCAGAGACACAGGAAGAACCUGUAGCUCUUUCCAACGUCAUCAAGUUGAUCAAGAACGAUGAUGCAGAGACAAUUGAUCUUGCCCUGCGACAGUUUCGCUGCUUGAUCGCUGAUCUUUGCGAGCAGUUCAAGGGUGGCCACCCUGGAGGUGCAAUGGGUAUGGCGGCCAUUGGCCUCGCUCUCUGGAAAUAUGUGAUGCAGUACUCUCCCAACGACCCUGACUACUUCAACCGCGAUCGCUUCGUCCUCUCCAACGGCCACACAUGCCUCUUCCAGUACACGUUCCUUCAUCUCACGGGUUACAAGGCCAUGACCUUCGAGCACCUCAAGUCCUACCACUCAUCCAACUACGACUCAUUGGCGCCCGGUCACCCUGAGAUUGAGCAUGAGGGUAUCGAAGUGACGACCGGUCCUCUUGGCCAAGGUAUUGCCAAUGCUGUCGGCCUCGCCAUGGCGACCAAGAACCUUGCGGCAACUUACAACAAGCCCAACUACGAGCUCGUCAACAAUAUGACGUACUGCAUGAUCGGCGAUGCUUGUCUACAGGAGGGUGUCGCCCUUGAGGCUAUUCAACUGGCUGGCCAUUGGAAGCUCAACAACCUCGUUGUCAUGUAUGACAACAACCAGAUUACCUGCGACGGUAGUGUCGACCUCUGCAACACCGAGGACGUCAACGCCAAGAUGCGCGCCUGUGGUUGGGAGGUUAUCGAGGUCGAGGACGGCUGUUUCGAUGUCGAGGGUAUCGUCAAGGCCCUCCUCAAAGCCAAGGCCAGCAUCGACAAGCCCACUUUCAUCAACAUUCACACUAUCAUUGGAGUCGGUAGCAAGGUUGCAGGUGAUGCGAAAGCCCACGGUGCCGCUUUCAGCCCCGAUGGUGUCAAGGCCGUCAAGGAGCGUUUCGGCAUGGACCCUGAGAAGCAUUACGUCGUCUCUGAUGAGGUUUACAGCUUCUUCCGCGACCGCAAGACUCGUGGUGACCGCCUCGUCGAGGAUUGGAAGAGUCGUGUUGAUGCCUACAGCAAGGAAUACCCUGAUCUUCAUGAGGAGUUCAUGAAGCGUGUCGAGGGCCGCUUUACUGAUGACUGGCGAAGCAUCAUUCCUGCCAAGGAGUCAUUCCCUACUGCUCCUACACCUUCCCGAAAGUCUGCCGGUAUCAUCUGUAACCCUCUGGCUGCGAAACUCAAGAACUUCAUGGUCGGUACAGCUGAUCUGUCACCCUCUGUCAACAUGAUCUGGAAGGGCAAGGUUGACUUCCAGCAUCCCGACCUCAAGACCACCUGCGGCAUCAAUGGCAACUACUCUGGUCGGUACAUUCAUUGGGGUAUCCGCGAACAUGCGAUGGCUUCCAUCUCCAACGGUCUUGCCGCUUAUGGUAAGGGUACGAUCCUCCCUGUCACCUCAAGCUUCUUCAUGUUCUAUAUCUACGCCGCUCCCGGUGUCCGCAUGGGCGCUCUCCAGAACCUCCAAGCCAUCCACAUUGCCACUCACGACUCGAUCGGUACUGGCGAAGACGGCCCAACCCACCAACCAAUUGCUCUCCCUGCUCUGUACCGCUCCAUGCCCAACCUCCUUUACAUCCGACCUUGCGAUACCGAAGAGACGGCCGGUGCCUUCAUUACCGCCCUCGAGGCCAAGGACACCCCAUCUAUCAUCUCCCUCUCCCGUCAGAACCUCGAGCAGUACCCUGAGUACUCCAGCCGUGAAGGUGUUCAGAAGGGUGCUUAUGUCUUCAUCGAGGAGGAGGAUGCCGACGUUACUCUCAUCGGCAUCGGUGCCGAAAUGGUCUUCGCCGUCAGGACCCGCCAAGUCCUCAAGGAGAAGUUCAGCAUCAAGGCCCGCGUGGUCUCGUUCCCUUGCCAGCGUCUCUUCAACUCCCAACCCCUCGAGUACAAACGCCAAGUCCUUCAAUACCGCUCCAACGCCCCUCGAGUUGUGAUUGAGGCCUACGCCGUCAACGGCUGGGAGCGAUACGCCGAUGCUGGUUACUCAAUGACCACUUUCGGCAAAUCACUACCUGGUAAGGACGCCUACAAAUACUUCGGCUUUGAUGAGAACGUCAUUGCCCCUGAGGUGGCCAAGCUUGUCGACGAGGUCAAGGCGGAAGGAAUCGAGAGCCUACGCGGCGAAUUCAGGGAUCUCAACAACGUGUCACACGAGCACUAAUGAUUUGGUUCAAAAUGGGUAAAGGUUUAUGGCAUGCGACUUGGAGUUAAUUUAGUUUGUUGACGAUACGAUGGUGGUCUUUUUGCAUAAUAAAGCAACUUUGUUCUAUAUAUGCCAGUUCUUGAUGCAUGGUCCCAAAUGCUUCCUAUUCUAUGUUCCUUUCUUUGACAACAGAUCCUCGUUAUCUUGUCGCCAGCAAAUUCCAUGCUCAAUUGUCC